UGCACACCGACGGAACUUGCCACAACACUUGCGAUGCCGCGGGGUGGAUUUGGCGACGCCGGGUUCGCUCUCUCCUUUGCGAGCCUCAAGAAGCGUCGGCGAUCAGGAGAUGAUUUGCGGUCUCCAGGAGCGACAGGUGGGAUGGUCAUUGUGGGUGACGACGACGACGACGAAGACGAAGUGAUUGAAUUCGACGAGCUGCACACGCCGCCGCCGAUGCUACAGAACACGGCGCUCUCGAUGCCACCACAUCCUAGUCUUGUCGUCCCGCGCCAGCAUUCCUUUGGAUACGACGUUCGUCGCGCGCAUUUAGUGACUGAUAUCGGUGACCACGGGACGCAAUCGUACCGAUAUAAAUCUGUGCAACAUAAAGGGGUACCGUCCGAACAGCCGCACCACUCCGACCGGCCGUCCAACGCAGCUGCCAUGGCCGCUCCCUUCGCGACGACCUUCCACGCGCUUCUACGUCGUCGCGAACGAGAAGAAAUUAAAAUGCGCACGAGCAGUGUCUCACAUCCCCAAGAUCCCUCACGCGACUCGGCUGUCCUCGAGAAGUUUAAAUACGUUCACCCCAUGGACAUCGUGGACAAGGAGCGGUUUGUCGCGCGGUAUCUUCAAGAGCAUCAGCGGUACACGUUCGCUCUGGUGCUUCGCAACACGUUUCAAGUGAUGGAUUACCUCAAGGUCAAGUACCCCAACCGAAACCACGCCACAAACGCGACAAAAGUCGCCAACCAAGUUCGCAUGAUGCACGAGAAGGUGUGUCGGCGCCUCGUCCAAGCCGGUUUGGGCGUCAUCCUUCUCGACAACGAUACGAUCGUGAACGAUGCCGACCGGGCUUUCACGCCGCACAUGCGGCAAUACGCGGAAACCAACCAAAUAUGCAUCUUGGUCGAUCCAUACAAGGACAAGGACCUUCUCGCGCACGAAUUCAAACGCGAAAAGGACGAGUGGGCGAUCAAGAAAGGAUCGGCGUCAGCGAGGCUGAGCGAGAACAGCUACAUGGCGCCCAACCUGACUUUUUCGCCGGCACUCGAGCUCCAGCUGACGCAAACCAUCAUCACGAAUGCGCUCAAGGACUAUGACACGGAAGAGUGGGUGCAGGACAUGCAGAACGAGCUCGGGCACUGGGACGUGAUCGAGCACUGCUUUCCGUUGCAGGACCGCAAGUUCAACGAAGAAUUUUUCGAGGAGUAUCGGAAGCGAACAUUUGACUUUAGCAUGGCGAAAGCGACGACGGGCAACCGCGAGCGGUGGGCGAUCGAGGAGCUUCGAUUCCACUUUGGCGAGCGCGUUGCAUUCCUCUUUGCGUUCAUGCACAUCUACAGCAAGCUCUUGCUCCCGCUCACGGUCACAUGCGUGCUGUACUACCUCGUGUUUCGAAGCAUGGGCGGGUACGUGUGGCAGCAGUACUCGCAAGGGCUGGCCGUCAUUUCGUUCUUUGGUGCGUGUGUAUGGGCGCCGCUGUUCCUGGUCUUCUGGGAGCGGGAAACGGCGCUGCUUGUCGAGAAGUGGAACAUUGGCGAGAAAGAGACGGCGUUCGACGCGAACGACGAGAACCCCAUGUUUCAGUACAAGUGGAGCCGCAACCCCUUGACCAACAAAAUGGAAAAGGUCGCGCUGAGACGCAACAAGACUGGCAUGCAGCUCGUCAUGCUCGGUUUCCUCGGCUUGAGCAUUGUCCUCCAGAGCAUCUUCACGCUUCCGUUUAUCCAGUGGUACGUGUAUGCGAAGACAGUGUACACGUGCGACGAGUGCCGGCAUGUGGAAGGCGCAACGUGCUGGCAGAUGGCGACGUGCUUCCAGUCGGCCGACUCGUCGUUUGGCAGUGACCGGUGGUGGUACAUCUUGGUGCAGGGUGCGCUCCUCGGUCUCCUCAUCGACGUCGUGUUCUUUGAGCUGUUCAACUGGCUGUCGGCCAAGUUUGUGUCGUGGGAAAACUACGCGUCCAAGUCGGAGUUUGACAAUCGUCUGGUCCAUCGGCGGUUCCUCUUUGUCUGGAUGAACUGGUUCUUUUGGUUUUUGUUUCUGGCAUUCGUGUACUUGCCGUUUGGCGAGGUCGUGGUCGAGUACCUCAAGUCACCCGACAACAGCUCAACGGUCCCGCACUUUGUCCAGAGCAUCUUCAAGGCGGUCAAUUGGGACCCAGCCGUCCUAACGAUGGAUACGCUGUUUGUGACGCCGCUCGUGAUCACGCAGUUCCUCAACAUGCUCAUGGAAACGAUCUUGCCGUACUUGAUUCGAAAAUGCAAAGGCAAACCGAUGCACUUUCGAAACGCGUGCCUCGUGUCCGUCCUCCGUGUGUGGAAGUGGUUCGUCUGGCGGCUGCGCCUCGACCACACCCACCACGGCGCGACUAGAAUCAACUCGAACUCGAGCGCACGCGCGCUGAGCGACGCCAUCUCACACUCGUCGAGGUACUUUAUUCCGCUCAUGCUGUUCUCGGACGACUCGAACGGGUACACGGCGUACAACGUGGUCGCAGAUGCCAAGCUCACGCCAUUUGACACGACCUUCGACUACCUCGAUGCAUCGAUUCAGUUUUCGUACGUCGUUAUGUUUACAGUCGUGUGGCCGCUGCUUCCGUUCCCGGCCUUUUUCAACAAUCUCCUGGAAGUCCGCGGCGAUGCGUUCCGGCUCCUGUUUGUGAAUCGCCGGCCCAUGCCCCGCCGCGACGUCAACAUCGGCGAGUGGGCGACCGUGCUGUCGUACGCCAACAUCAUCGGGAUCACGGUGGUUGUCGGGUUGAUUGCUGUCUACCACUUUUCCGCGUUUCUCGAUCACGGUUGCAAUUUUGAAUUCGCGACAGCGGCCAUGGUCCCGAUCUCAGCGUUGAAUGCGUCGCAAGCGAUGAACCCCGCCCAGUGCGCGAUACAAAAGAAAACGUCGUGGGUGAUGCCUCAAAUCAUCGUGUUUGUCCUCCUCGAACACGCCGCGUUCUCGAUUCGAUACCUCGUCCUCCAGGUCAACAAGGUCCCGUCCAGCAUUGAAAACAGCCGCAAGGUCAAAGCCCUCGAAGCGCUGGGCCACAUGCGGUCCGCGCACAACGAGCAGUUUGACUGCCUACGCCAGCUCCGCCUCAUGUUUGACAAGUACGACCGAGACGGGCAUGACUACAUCGAUAGCCCCGACGUCCUCCAAGCGUUUGUGGCCGAGUGGACGGGCCGCCCCGCCUCGGACAUGAUGUCCAAGGAAAUCCUGUUCAACUACAUGGACAAGACACAAGUCGGCCGCGUGUCGUUUGCGUCCGCGUCGCUACUGCUCAUUCACGUCCACCACGAUCGGUUUCUGUCGCGCAUUUUGGGCAUUGCCGACUGGCUCGACGACUUUCAAAAUGCGCAGAUUCAGCAUCGCCCGGACGAUUGCACGGACGAUGACGAGAUGGACUGUCGGCCAUCGUACCUCGAGUCGUGGCGCGCCCGGGAGCGAGCACAGUUGCACCAUUACGACAGCCCCGCUUAACAAUAUGUAAAGUGUGAUUGAAACACAAA